CAAGUUCUCAAAUCCAGUGCUAGCACUGGUACUUUUUGAGGCAUUGCCCCUCCAUCCGUAAUCUCGCGACUCAAAGACAUGUCCUAGUGUCCACGUACUUGCUCUUGGCGGUUGUUUUCUCUUGGACUGGGGAGUCAGGAGGACCCCGAUUCCUGAUUGCAUGGCCCAAGACGGCCGGGGUCAAAUGGAAGACGGGAGGCAUGGGAGCGAGAUCGCCCUCGUCCUGGUCGUGGAGGUCGUGGUCGUCGACUACGGCGAGACUGACGGAAAGGCACUAGUCGUUGUACAACAUUGUACCCAAAAGGGCUGAACGAACAGUCUUAGAGCUGGAAAGUUGAGGUUGAAACAUGAUGGGGUCCUUUGACUUUUGCAUGGGAAGAAACGGUCAAGUGACUUGACGAGAAGAAAGUGAUCAUCGGCAUGCAUGUAGGAGUACGGAAUCAGCUUGGCGAAGUGGCGAAAUGAGAGGUUCAGGUGCUCACUAAGGCAAUAAGGCUGGUCCUUUCCGGUGUGGUAAAGUGAAUUUGAUAGGGUUGUCAGCUCUAAAAGAGUGAAUGUGAUAGUGGAAAGGGAGAAGUGAACAGCUUCCUCCUCCCGUCGUCCUCACAGCCUUAUUCAAUCUCAUUUCGGCCUUUUUGGAGUUGACAGCCUCCGAAGAGGCCAUCAAAGGCGCAGAUUUGUCCUUUUCUGUCCCACCCCAGGCUUGUCUGAAAAUAGACCACAUCAUUAGUGUGACGGCGAAGCGAACAAACAAGUGAACCAACCAACCCACCAAACAAACCGGCUCUUCUUCUUCAGGGCUUCUUCCUUCGUGAAAAAUACUGUGGGUGUAGCAGAUUCCGCUUUAUCGUCGAAUCCGGACACGCAUUCUGAUCCAAAACGGCUGUGAAAGGUGUGAACUCGGACUGUUGUCCCGUCUUCAUUCGUGAACGUUUUCCACUCGCUCUGAGAACUUGGAAACCACGUGUGAAACAGUGGAAGACGACAGGGACGUUGCGGCACACUUAACUCGUCAGUGCCGGAUUGAACGAUUUUCUUCCUUUUGUGUGUCAAGUCUAAAGAGAGAGAACUAGGAAUCUAGAGAACCUAAACGGUGGAGUGAUCUCACCAACCCCAGCCCCGCGGCAAAGAUGGCGUCCCAAUAUGGGAUCACCGUCAAGGAGCUCCGCGACCUCAUGGAGCUCCGAGGCGAAGAGGGUGUGGAAAAAGUUAAAUCUUACGGAGGCGCAAAAGAAAUUUGCAAGAAACUCAAAACCUCGGAGGUCUCAGGGCUGAGCGGGGACAAAGGUGAUCUCGAGCGACGGCGAGAUGUGUUCGGAUCGAACACGAUCCCGCCCAAACCUCCCAAAACUUUCCUUCAAUUAGUGUGGGAAGCGCUCCAGGAUGUUACCCUGAUCAUCUUGGAACUGGCUGCCAUUAUUUCUUUGGCCCUCUCAUUCUACAAACCUCCCAAGGAGGACGGAUUAGAUGAGCCUGAGGAAGAAGAUCAUCCCGCCUGGAUUGAGGGUGCUGCUAUCUUGAUUGCUGUGACCAUUGUGGUGUUGGUGACGGCCUUCAAUGAUUGGUCCAAAGAGCGCCAAUUCCGGGGCCUUCAAGAUCGCAUUGAGGGAGAGCAAGUGUUCAGCGUUAUCCGAGGUGGACAAGGGACCCAAAUUCAAAUCGGAGAACUUGUCACUGGCGAUAUAAUGCAGGUGAAAUAUGGUGAUCUCUUGCCCGCUGAUGGUAUUAUCAUCCAGAGCAACGAUCUCAAAGUGGACGAGUCCUCUCUGACCGGUGAGUCUGAUCAUGUCAAGAAGGGUCCGGAUCGUGAUCCCAUGGUUCUCUCGGGGACUCACGUCAUGGAAGGCAGUGGAAAGGUCUUGGUCGCGGCUGUGGGCAUCAAUUCCCAGGCUGGAAUCAUCUUUGCCCUCCUUGGAGCCGUUGAGGAGAGUGCAGCUAAAGAAGACAAAAAGCGUCAAAAAGCCGACCGGAAGAACCGAAAGCUCCAAAAGGCCAAUAGCACUAGCAAACGAGGAUCCGGAGCAGGACGAGGAGGCGACGAGGCCAUCGCCAUGACCGCAGCUCUUGGUGCGGCCACAUCCACCGGAGGCGAUUACGAUAGAGCUUUAGAAGGGCAUGAUGUGGAGGAAGGCAUGGGCAACUCCCACCAUCACAAUGCCACACCCUCGAAAGGUGGUCCCGCCAGUCCAACUGAGGAGCUCCAAGAAGAGGCUGUGGCACCCAGUUCGGGUGGGGAGAAGUCCGUGUUACAGGCCAAGCUGACUAAUUUGGCAAUUCAGAUUGGAUAUGCGGGCAUGGCCGUGUCUUUGUUGACCGUGGUGAUUCUCUGCGUGCAGUUCUCCAUCAAGAAGUUCGUGACCGAGGGCAGACAUUGGGAGGUGUACUAUAUCAACUUCUAUGUCAAGUUUGUUAUUAUCGGCGUGACCGUCCUGGUGGUGGCCGUGCCCGAAGGGCUUCCUCUGGCCGUGACCUUAUCGUUGGCCUACUCCGUAAAGAAAAUGAUGGCGGAUAACAACCUGGUUCGUCACUUGGACGCGUGUGAGACCAUGGGCAAUGCCACCACGAUCUGCUCGGACAAGACCGGCACGCUCACCACCAACCGGAUGACCGUGGUCCAGGCGUAUGUGGCGGGUCGUCACUUCAAACCGGACCGCUCGUCGCUCCCCAAGGCCAAGGACCUGCCUUCCAACAUCUUGAAGAGCCUCACCCAAGGUAUUAGCGUGAACAGCUCGUACUCCACGGACGUCGAGCUGCCCAAGAACCCCAAUGAGCAGCCCAAACAGAUCGGCAACAAGACCGAGUGCUCGCUAUUGGGCUUCGUCCUGGAUCUGGGCGAGGACUACCGGGCCAUCCGCUCGAAGCAUCCCGAUUCUUCCUUCACCAAAGUGUUCACAUUCAACUCGGCUCGGAAGAGCAUGAGUACCAUCAUCCCGCUGCCAGGCGGCGGCUACCGUAUCUACACCAAAGGGGCGAGUGAGAUCAUCCUGAAAAAGUGCUCUUUCACCCUGGGCGACGGAGGUCGGGUGGAUCGCUUUUCCCCGACCGACCAAGACCGCUGUGUUCGCGAAGUGAUCGAGCCCAUGGCCAGGGACGGUCUUCGAACAAUCAGUAUCGCUUACCGGGACUUUGUGCCCGGCAAGGCCGACUUGAAUCAGGUCCACUACGACUCAGAGCCCGAUUGGGAUGACGAGGACAAGAUCAUUGCCAACUUGACCUCGGUCUGCGUGGUGGGGAUCGAGGAUCCCGUCCGACCCGAGGUGCCCGAGGCCAUUCGCAAAUGCCAGCGAGCGGGCAUCACCGUGCGAAUGGUCACCGGAGACAACAUUAACACGGCCAGGGCCAUCGCCACCAAGUGUGGGAUCAUCAAGCCCGGGGACGGAUAUUUGGUCAUGGAGGGCAAGGAGUUCAAUCAACGGAUCAAGAACUCCAGAGACGAGGUGGACCAAGCCAAAUUGGACCAGGUUUGGCCCAAACUCCGCGUGUUGGCUCGCUCUCAGCCUAUCGACAAAUACACGUUAGUCAAGGGCAUCAUAAACAGUAAGGCCACGGCCAACCGAGAAGUGGUGGCUGUCACAGGUGAUGGCACCAACGACGGGCCUGCCCUCAAAAAGGCCGAUGUUGGAUUUGCCAUGGGAAUUGCGGGUACGGACGUGGCUAAAGAGGCGUCCGAUAUCAUUCUCACCGACGACAACUUCAGUAGUAUUGUGAAGGCUGUCAUGUGGGGACGAAACGUGUACGAUAGCAUCGCCAAAUUUCUGCAGUUUCAACUGACUGUCAACGUUGUGGCCGUCAUAGUGGCCUUUAUUGGUGCUUGUGUCAUCCAAGACUCGCCCCUCAAGGCUGUACAAAUGUUAUGGGUGAACCUCAUUAUGGACACCCUCGCUUCCUUGGCCUUAGCUACUGAGAUGCCCACUGCUGAUCUUCUUCUGCGGAAGCCCUAUGGACGGACCAAGGCCCUAAUAUCCAGGACCAUGGCCAAGAACAUUUGUGGCCAGGCUGUCUACCAGCUCGUCGUUACUUUUGGCAUGAUGUUUUAUGGUCAUGUCCUACUUGAUAUUGAUAACGGUCAAGGUGCUGAGCUUCAUUCCCCACCCACCCCGCACUUUACCAUGAUUUUCAAUGCAUUCGUUAUGAUGACCCUUUUCAACGAAAUAAACGCCCGCAAAAUCCACGGCCAAAGAAAUGUGCUCAUCGGCCUCUUCUCAAAUCCCAUCUACUACUCCAUCUGGAUUAUUACCUUCAUCAGUCAAAUAGUUAUCAUUCAAUUUGGAGGAUACGCCUUCAGUACGGCUCCUCUUAGCCUGGAACAAUGGAUGUGGUGUAUCUUCCUUGGCAUGGGCACGUUGGUGUGGCAGCAAAUAAUCACCACCAUUCCCACAUCGUGCUUGCCAUCUUCUUUCGAAAUUGGGAAACAACCUCCAUCUUCUAUGGAACCCAAUUCUCCCACGGCCAAUUCGGUGAACGAACAUCACCAUUACCACCAUCAUCACGAAGGAUCAAUAACCGGGUCAAGGUCCGGGCAGAUCCUUUGGAUUCGUGGUUUAACACGUCUUCAGACACAGGUCAUUGGGGGAGAACUUCAAGAGCGUCUCAUACCUGUGCCAUAUAGUAAAACCUCUACGGAUCAGGCAAUCCGCGUCGUUAACGCCUUCCGCCAUGGUAUGGACAGCCAACAUCUCCAGCAAGCCACCUCCAAUCCCAAUAUCCAGCGGGUCCUUCAGAAGCAGGCUUCCCUCUCCAAACGUCUCUCGGCCGCAGGUCCUCAGGUGGAUGGGCUUAGUCAUGGUGUCGGGGCCAAUACCCGGAUCAAGAUCCCCGAGACCUCUUUCUCGCACACAGAGACGGCCGUCUGAUAAAAGAAAUCCGGUUCAAUGUCUUGAAAUCCGUAGUCGCAAGCGUAGUUCAAGCCAAAAGAGCCGAUUUGUCUUGGCCGUUGAUCCUUGGGGGAGGGGGCAGAGAGACAGAUAUCAUCAGGAUGGGACACAAGAAGAAAACGAAAAAGUAACAACAACAACAAUAGUGAACGAGCCAGAGAGAGAGAGAGGAAGACGGAUGAGAUCAGAGGCAAACCAACACACAAGAUACCACACCUUCAGUUUACAUUCGUGCUGCCCUAGUCGAGAACGUUGUUUCUGGACCCACUAUUACUAUAUAUUGCUCCUAUAAUUAUCAUUAUUAUCGACAUUAUCAUUAUCAUUAUUAUGAUUACUCUUAUCAUUACAAUCUUCGCUACCAUUGCUACUGCUCUGGGCAUGGCUGGCUUUUCAAGAAAUUGUGUGAAGGUACUUAACAGGAAACAGACGCCAAAACCAAUGAAACGCUGUUGUGAAAGUUCCACCUCUCAGUUCCCGUUAUCCGGAUUCUAGUCAUAAUUUGUUGUCAUCAAUCUUGAUCCUGGAACACAGUCCGCAACAGAAGAAGAAGAAGAAAAAGCGAACUCUUGUGUCUCUCAUAUUCUUUCAAAGUCCAAUUCAAGAACAAAAUGAACAACAUCAGCAGCACCAGCGCCCCCCCUCACCCAACCCGAGUAAUAAUACAAAUCUGUUGCGAUUGAACAAAGAAAGCUAGUGAUGUGAAGCAAACCAAGUUGGGCCCAUGGGACCCCCUCUGAGUGAGCCUCGGACGGAUGACGACGGAUGGACAGACGGACGAGUGGAUGGAUAGAUAGCCAUAGGCAGUGAACAUGUGAUUUGUUUCGACUUUUCUCAUCCAAUCAAUGGAUCCAAAUGAGAGCAACAAAAGACACUCCGAGUAGUCCGAGAAACCUUAGAAAACACUACACCAAUACUACAUGUUUGUUCUUUGCGUUUUUUCGAUGUUCUUCGCAUUAUCACAAUUAUCAUUAUCGCAAUUUUCAAGAAAGAUCUUUUUCGACUUAUGAUGAAAAGACCACAGCAAGCAGUCAUCAUCCCGCCAAUAUUACUAAUGCUACCACUACCACAACUAGUUCUUCAACGUUUCAACAUCAUCACCACCACCACCUUCUUCUCAAUCAUCUAUCAAUACCACUAAAAAUACACACACACAUACACUCAUACACACUCAUAUAGUUAACAGUUCAAUUGUGAAAGGGUGCUUGUGAGCUUCCACUUUGAGACGUUGAAUGGCCGAAUUGGAUUUUUUCUUCUGAUGCUGCCUUUUUGAGACUACUACUACUACUACUACUAUUAUUAUUAUUAUUAUUAUUAUCAUUAUUAUGAGUAACCACAAUUACAACAAUAACUUUUACCGAAUGUUAUCGGCGACAACUUUCCUUUUCCGGCUGAAGUGCGUGUGUGGUCAUCAAAUGAAACAAAAAAGAUAUUUUUCCAAGUUACACGCCCACCCAAACUUUCUCACCCCUCCCUUCUUCCCCUUUCUCUCCUCUAAAGAACUCUAUUGUAUCACCUUCCAAAAACCAAUGCAUGCAAACCUUAAGCAAAGAGCGAUUGAUCUUGGUCGAGUGUGGAUCUACAUGAUAAAACAAGAGCACCAGACACUGUUCUGACUAGACGUCUUCCUUCAAACAACAUUCUUAUUGGUACUCAGUAGCCCCUUCUCUCUUUUAACCACCUUCAAAUGCCUCGAAGAACACAUUUAUCCUUCAGAUGUCCACUGAACUAUUGCAUUUAUCUUGGAUAGAGCAGAACCAUUUGUUGAGGAGUGUUCCCAAUGGUAGUUCUCGAUUUUCUCUUUAUUCCUGUCCCGUUUCUAAUCAACUCCCACUGGGAUUGGAAUCUGGUUGGUGGGCUGUGGCGAGUCAUAAUCAUCAUCAUCAUCUUGUACCAUAGAGUCGAAAUAUUACCAUUUCACAAAUCCACAAAACACAACACAAUGAAUAUCAACCACACUUACCUGUAGUUUCACUUCUCUUUCUAUCCCCCUCCCCCUCUUUUUAGCCACACCCAUCAGCCAUACAGAUAAAGCCAUGCCCCCUCUACCCCUCUUUCUCCCUUCUUCCGUGGACCAGUUUGCAUUUUCUCUACCCCUUUAAGUCUCGUCUCGCCAAUGGGCCUCUGGAUUGAAUUCGAGAGGACCCUCCGGCGCGUUUUCCCUGUUUCAUGGCCCUCCUCUUACCACUUCUCACUUUCCAUUUGGUAGUGUGUUAUUCUAGUACAUUGUAAAGCAAGAACAAAAGCGUUCCUGCCAAGUUUGGAGGACUUUCGGGACGAGCAUUGUUUCCCAGGAAACCCCGUUUGAAAUUUUGAAAUGGCACACCUCCACUGGCAACAAAAACAUGUUAAAAGAAGCAAACGAUUAGUCAAGUUUCCUUCGUGCCCUCCCCCCCCUUGCCCAUCCACCCACUUCUCCCUCGUCACGAGAACGUCUCAAUUCACAAAAUAUUAUACAUAGAGUAUAUGAUUAUGAUUACCAUUAUCAUUGAUUAUUAUUAAUAUUCUUAAUCAUUAUCAUCUUAUUAUGAUCACAUUCAUUGUUGCUACAACUACAACCACAAGACCCUUACGUUUGAGUUUGUGAGCAACUUCAAAGCCACAUUGAUAAGAAGAAAGAAAGAAAAAAAACAGAUAUUGAGAAUAAUAAUAAUGCAUACUCGUGUCUCGUGCGAUUCGACCUCGAUUUGCGAAGAUCGAAUCAGUAUGGAACUCGUUUGGGCCAGUAAUAUUAGAAUAAUAAUAAUUAUCAUUGAUCCCGGAAGAGGCCGAAGAACAACAACUACUUCAUCCACAACCACUACUACUAUUACUAUAACUACUAUCAUUACUAUUACUACUACUGCUACUCCUACAACAACAACACACCUUCUAUUAUAUCUACUAUUACAACUCUCUUAAUAGCAAAGUCGCUGAAUUGAAGAAUAUGAAACACCUCAGUUCUUAUGCUUGAUUGUUUGUAAGAUUAAAAUUGUUAUUCAUUUUGAAAAUAUAAAGUGUUUUAGAAAAAUA